AUGGCGUCUUCAAGAGAAGGGCAUUACAGGGAAAUAAGGAAGAGGCCAUGGGGUAGAUAUUAUACAGCUGAAAUACGUGAUCAAUGUAAAAGAACUAUGGAUACGUUUGACACAACAGAAGAAGCAAAACCUAAAACCAACUUCCCUGCUCCAUCUUCCAAAGCUGUUCUGUCGUCCAAGAAAUCAAAGCCAUCUAAGUCUGAGGAGAAGAUUGUGAUUGUGAAGGCGCCUUUGAAUCAGAUUGAGCUUCCAAAACCGACACAUAACGGUGUAAAGUUGGCAAGAAAAGACUUACAAAAAGGGGUGGUCAGUAAUGGUAGAAGUAGGCGUGCUCAUGCGUCUAUCAAUGACAUGCAACCAUUGAGCCAUGGUUCCAACAAAUCCAACUCAUGCGGCAGCAGCAUUAAGUGUCGGUGUACCCAAAUUCCAAGUAAAUCACAGCAUGCAUCUAUCAAAAGAUCAUUGGGUUCGGAUCUUAGAAAGUGUAGUGCUGCGGAUGCCACUACAUUGGAUUGCAAGGGAAAAAUCACAUUGACAUCAUCACUAAUGAGCAAGUCUGAUAAUAUUCAACGUUCUGUUGGGGCUGUAAGUGCUUUGGUUCAUGAAAGUGUCUGUCUUAGUUCUCAACUUACAACUCCUACAACAUAUGCAUUGUUAACUCCUAUUGUUAACCUACAAAUGUCACCGAAGAAAGCUCUUCGGGCUGCAAUGCUGAAAAGUCGUUUUGCAGAUACCAUUUUGAAAGCUCAACAGAAUUUAUUACUUGUUCAUGGUGCAAAAUCAGAUCCAGUAAAGAUGCAACAGGAAAAGGAAAAGUUCGAAGAAGGUUGCAUGAAGAAAUGGCAAAGAUCGAAGCUCAGAUCAGAGCGGCUGAAGCCGCACCAAAACUGA